UUUAUUACCUCCCCUAUUAUUGGUCAUAUGAUCUUGUUUUCAUUCAAGGUGCAAAAUGGCGUCACGCAUCUUUUUUCUCGCUGUGUUCAGCUUUUCUUGCUAUGCUGCAUGGGGUAAAUCCUGCGAUGUUCCUUCCCGGUUUUGGUGCGACACACCAGAGCUUGCUGCUGAAUGUGGCGUGUACCACCAGUGCAAGGAGCAUGAGUGGACGCAGUACCUGGACGCCCCUCUUGUUGACUUGACCCUGUACUAUGAGACUCUCUGCCCUGACUGCCAAAACUUCUGGAAGGGUAUGCUCUACCCGACCUACCAGAAGAUAGGAUCCAUCAUGAACCUCACUGUUGUGCCCUACGGAAAUGCCAGGGAAUACAAAGAUGGCGACCACUGGCGGUUUGAUUGUCAGCACGGGGAGGAGGAGUGCCUGGGAAACAUUAUCCAGACGUGUGCCAUUGCCAUUGUACAGAAUAAAUCGGUGUACAUUCCAUUUAUCCACUGUAUGGAGACCUCUGGCAUUUCUGUGAAGUCAGCAGCUGAGAAGUGCGCCAAGCAGUUCCCAGUUCCCCUGGGAGAGAUCAUGAACUGCAGCACCAGCAAACGAGGCAACGAGCUAGAGCAUCAGAUGGCCGUCAAGACCGAUGCCCUGAAACCACCACAUCAAUAUGUGCCUUGGGUGACUCUAAAUGGGGUCCACACAGAGAAGAUUGAAAAGGAGGCAGAGGCGAAUCUUUUGAAACUCAUCUGUGAUACAUACCAGGGCCAGAAGCCAGCAGCGUGUAACCAGUAAGUUCUAGACAUUCCUGAAGAGAGACAGACGAACGUUCCAUUUAUCUAGAACAAUGUCUAUAAUUAGAACGACUGUUUUAGCGGCAUUUUGUAGAAGUGAUGGUGAUUUGAUAGUUCUUGAUGUGAUAGAUUUAUGCUGAAUGAUAUUGUGUUUUCUGGAUAGGCCAAUGAAUGUUUGUGUUGUUUCAGCCAUUAGUAUUAACUCAAACAAGUGUUUGAUUAACCCUUUCGCUCUAUGAAUAGUCUGCAAGCAUUCCUCUCAUGUUGAAAAUGCUUUGGCAUCUUUGUUUCGCUUAAAAGUCGGGAAUUUGUUUUGCUAACUUUUGACACAGAAAGGAUAGACUUGAGGUUAUGGAAGGAAUGACGGAAAGAGUAAAUGGGGAGUGAUCAGAAGAGCUCAUUUGGGACGUAUCUCAUGAAAGCAUCUUAUCUUAUAAACUUUCAAUGUUUGAUUUUCAAUAUUUGACUUCUGUGAAACUGGGUUUCAUUUUCUUAUAUUGUUCUUUUUGUCUUCUACUUAUAUUUCUACCGUACUCAAGGGACAUCAGUGAGGUCUUCUCGAUCGCUUUCCUCACGAAUGGGUGCAAUGUUCUGUUCUGCUGUUUCUAUCUGUUGUAGUUAAGGGUGGUUGGAGGGUACUCAUUGUGGGUCCUACUUCUUUUCUCUGCCUCUGUUGUUUCUGUCUGGAUUUUUUUCCUGCACUGAGUUGCUGUGGCCAGGUUCGAUGUGUUUCUAUUUACUGAAGGAUGUUGUAAACCAAACUCGCUGUCUUACACUGUUAAAUAGUAUGAUUGCAUAAUGGCUCCAGCCAUUCCUGCCGAAACUGUCUGAGUUGUGUCAAGUUUGAUCAUGCUUAUCGGAACUUGAGCAAUACUUACGAUGUUGUUGUCUUCUAGGUUUGUUGUACUACAAAUAUCUACAGGGUAAAACUCACGGUUGUAGAUUUUCUGCAGGCUAGUUUGCUGUAGUUUAUCUUUGUCUCAGCAAAAGUGCAUUUAUUACAGUGGAGUCUGCUUAAUUCGAAAUCCGUGGGGCCUCUAGAUUUUCUUUCAUUUAACACUGUAAGUUCUGUAUAGAGAGAUUUCUCAAACUCAGAUAGCUAAGAAGAAAAAAAAAAGCAUGGCUUUUGUUUUAUAGUUUUCCACUGUUUUUGGAUUAACCGUGUUUUGUUUUAAGCAGGCCGUGCAGUAUGUCGUUAAGACACCUUAGUCAUUUCAUAGGUCAUUCCUUUUAAGAAGAGAGUUGUGAAAGAAUUACAAAUACGUUUUUGUUUCUUUGCCGAUUGUAGAGGGAUCUACCACAGGAGUACUAUUAUGAUGAUGAGAAUGGAAUGAAACCACAGUUAUCAUUGAAUAUUUUUGUUUGAUUUAGUGAGCACCAGCAGUGUGUUUGUUUUUUAGCUCUGUGCUUACCAUCCUUGAGAUCAAAAGCUGAAUAAGUCUCGGGCUCACUUUUUGUGUCUGUACAUUGCUUUUGAUUAUUCUGAACAUUCCAAGAUUCUGACAUUCAUUUUUAGUUCAAUGUAUGCAUAAAAAGUGAGUGCAUGCGGAACAUCUGCAUAUUUUUGGUUUGGUGUAGACCUCACAGGCCAGUAAUUAUAUUGGAAUACUCUUUUUUAGAUGUGAGUUGGCCUUUAUGGCUAUUUGGUGAUGUGUUUUAAAUAAAUGUUCUCAAGAGUUCUUUUGGCAAUGUUUAUUGGCGAAGUGCAUCACAACCAGAGGUCCCACCUUCUAAUUAAGUGUACAUAGUGGAAAAGGGAGUUAACCACUUAUAAUUUCCCUUGACCAACUGCAGUGUCUUUCAUUCAUACUAUAUCAAUCAGAAUUUUGUUUUAUAAAUUUGUGUCAGUAAUGUUUUAUAUCAUCUACCUUCAAAACUGUGUACUGACUGUAAUAUUGUUUUGCUUGUAAACGGCUUUUUUGUAUAUGUCAAACUUUGCAAAAAUGAAGAAACAUUAAUUAUAGUUAAUCAACUUUGGUUUGAGAAUGAUUUUAGAAGUUCAGCAUGUGUAACUAAUAUCCGGUAGUGUGUCAGCUCAUCUCAAAUUCUGCCAGUUUUGUAGAUGAUUCUGAUUGCUUUUUGUAUAAAUAGUAUAAUAUCAUUCCAGUCACCUGUUUUGAUAUGAGUUGUACAAAGGAACAUAACUGUCUCAGAGAUUGCUCUUAUUUCUCAACAAUUAUGUCCCUUGUUUAUGGGAGUGUUAAGUUGUCUGCAUUUCAUAGUGUCAGUUUUAUUUUUAUCUGUAGCUUAGGCAGUUUUGUUUCGAUUUGUGCCCAAGACCUCAAGUGUCUUACUCCAACAGUGAUCAAUUCAUAUUUUGAACUAUACUGCAGUAAUACUCAAGACUCAGAAAUGCCUGUUUCCUAAAACUGAAGACAAUUUUGUUUUUAAAAAAAAGAAUUACUCAUCUCAUGCAGGUCACAUCAUUAUUUUGUUGACGUAAACCACAUUGAUUUUGAGUAACUUUUCAAAAUAUUUUUUUUCUUUCAUUUUCUAUUGUUCCUUUCUAAGUUUGUUGUUUAUUUGUACCCACAGCUGACUUACCGGUACUUUUGUUUUUUAUUUUCCCUGAUUUAUGUUUUUACUACGUCAUCUAAACAGUUGGUUUGAGUUUGGUUUUUUUCACUAACUUUUCUAGUCUAACGCUAAUAAAUCAAAUUUCGUAUAAACAAAGUCU